AAAAUGCGUAGUUCAAUAGUUGUAAAAAAUUUUCAUACGAUUAAAAAUCGGUUUACUUAUUAAUAAUUUGAAUAAUUUCCAAAGUUUCAAGAAUUUCUCCGUGAAACGAAACACGUGAAUCCCAGAGUCAGCGUUGACAAGUUAAUCGCUCAAGAUCGAAGGACCAUCUCGAAUUUCUCAUUUUAGUCGAAUUCUCUACCGUGCGUUGACUGUGCAACGAAGCUACUUUCUUUCCAUUCGUCGAUCGGGAUCCGAGAGACUCGAAGCAGAAGCUCCACAAGCGUUUCCCUCGUUGUUCGUGAAGUUUUCGUUGGUACCGACGUUUCUGUAUCUUACGGAGCACCCUGUAUAAUCGUCGCGUCGUUCAAACUGUUCCACAGCGUUCGAACUCGGAGAUAGGUUAUACAUCUCUCUUAGAUAGGUGCAAGUUCUUUUUGCCAUUCUUGAUUCCCUUCGAGAUGCUACUGUUCGGUAAGCAGAACACCAUUGAAACAGAUCGCGUUUGAUUAUUGUGGAGAAUCGUCCGAUGGAAUAGGAAAGUGAUAAGAAUCUACCACGAAGUAGGUAUCAGGCACAUGGAAACCCCCCGUGCGACAUGUUGCUCGAUUUCCAGACUCCCACGCGGAUAGUCUCGAGUCCGCGACCAGAGACCAGUCAACAGAACCGGUACUCCGAUCAAUUCGCAACGGGAAAAGUAAAACGAUAGGCAAAUAGCAAAUAAAAAGUAAGAAUCGAGGCAGAAGUUCGUCGGCUAGCUCACGAGAAUCUGCUCGGCGAUGAUGUAUCCCGGCAACGAUUAGAGGAUGAGUCGUCAGCGUUCACUGUAAACAUCUAAUUUAAACAACAAAUAGAAACAUCAACAAAAUACAGAAAAGAAAAAUAUGGAUGCUCUUGCCUUUAUCCCCUCUCCCAGAACUAGACACACACAAACAGGACGCCGUCGAUGUGGACAAGUCCAGCCGGUCUGGAGUAUUCUGUACAGUUAACAUUCCGGGAACAAUGGCUGGACGAACGAUUAAAGUUUGACGAUUCCCAAGGUCGUUUAAAAUAUUUAACUCUAACGGAUGCGAGUCGCGUUUGGAUGCCGGAUCUGUUCUUUUCGAACGAGAAGGAAGGACAUUUUCACAAUAUUAUUAUGCCGAAUGUGUACAUUCGUAUUUUCCCCGAAGGUUCCGUUCUAUACAGUAUACGGAUAUCCCUAACGUUAUCGUGCCCGAUGAAUUUAAAAUUAUACCCAUUGGAUCGACAAGUUUGUUCAUUGCGUAUGGCGAGUUACGGUUGGACAACCGACGAUUUGGUUUUCCUCUGGAAGGAAGGGGAUCCUGUCCAAGUUGUGAAAAAUUUACACCUGCCUCGAUUCACAUUGGAGAAAUUUCUUACUGAUUAUUGUAAUAGUAAAACGAACACUGGAGAAUACAGCUGUUUGAAAGUAGACCUGCUCUUCAAGAGAGAAUUCAGCUACUACCUUAUCCAAAUUUACAUCCCUUGCUGUAUGCUUGUCAUUGUAUCCUGGGUAUCAUUCUGGCUCGAUCAGAGUGCUGUACCAGCUCGGGUCUCGUUAGGUGUGACAACUCUGUUGACGAUGGCCACGCAGACGUCAGGAAUAAAUGCCUCACUGCCACCAGUCUCUUAUACAAAGGCUAUUGAUAUAUGGACAGGCGUAUGCCUGACCUUCGUAUUCGGCGCUCUCCUCGAGUUCGCCCUAGUAAAUUAUGCAUCGCGGAGCGACAUGCACAGUGAAAACAUGGAGAAAAAGUAUCCACCGUCGGACACCGAACAAUCAACAUCGAUCGAUCUAUCCUCCGAUCAAGUCGAGCCAGAUAACUCGUCGAAUUUCGUUAUGACCGGAUAUGAUGGACCACUUCAACAUUCUCUACAGAAACCUCUGGUCCGACAGCCGGAGGACACGAUGUCGGUGGAUAGGAUGCAGCCAUGCGAGCUACACACGCAAACGCGAACAAAAAACUGCUGCAGGUCGUGGCUAUCCAAGUUCCCGACGAAGUCCAAGCGCAUCGACGUCAUAUCGCGAAUCUUCUUCCCCAUCGUCUUCGCUUUUUUCAACCUAACAUACUGGUCGACCUACCUGUUUCGUCAGGAGGCGGAAGGCGAGUAAACGUCGACGAGGAAGCGCUCGGAUCGAGGAACGUG